AUGCCCUUGCAGGGAAGAUAUCGCAACCUCAAUGUACAGCCCGAAGAGGCAAUGCCUUCCGAGGCAUUCCAUCUCGACCUGCUGGCCGUGGACAUGCAGCGGUUGUUCGUGCAGUUGCUGCAUGAGAGGGCGAAAGACUCGAAACACCGGAUCUUCGAGUUCGAAGAGCAUGAUAUCCCCAAGUUUCUGCAUUUCUGCUCGGAGGUCGUGGACGUCGUGCACGACAUGGAUGAGGACUGGCUCGUUGAUGAGGUCCGGGAGAUGCUCGAGCAUAUCUGCUUCACGUGGGCCUAUAUGCGCAAUUCCCUCGACCGAGCGAGGCGAGAGGGGCUCCGGAAACUGAACGAUUCGCGCCGGCGGUAUUGUGUCUACGAUCGGGCCCGAGCCAAAGUCAUUGCCAAAGAGCUGGCGCAGGUGACCAGCCGCAGCGCGCGAGCCGCCAUUGAAGCCUUGAUACGCGCCGCCUUGAAGCCCGAAGACGUCGCACGGCUGGACGUAGAAAAGCCACCCAUCCCGCGGCGUACCGAGGAGACCGAGUGCUCGAUCUGUCGCGGAAGGCUUGGGAAGCGACCCGUCUGGUGCAAAUCGCAGUGUGGCCAUAAUUUCUGUUUCCGCUGCAUUAAUUCGUGGCAUGAGGAACUGUAUGAAAGAGACCUCAUGCCCAACUGCCCUUACUGCAGACAGCCGUGGCCUUAUUCUCUAUCCUCCUACCACACGUAA